AGAAGUGGCUAAUCACGGCGGCUCGCCUCGAUUUUUAAUGGAGCUUGUAAGAGCUAAUCGCCCACCUGAUCGUCGUCUUCUUCCAGCGGGAAGAGAAGUAUGCAAAUAAAAUGAGAGGGCAUUCGGAGAAGCGCGCCUUGCAAAAUAUUUAUUAGAGGAGUUGAAGAGAGGCAAAAAAAGAGAGAGAGAGAGAGAGAGAGAGAGAGAGAGAGAGAGACGCGAGAGACGGUGGUUAUACCUCGGGAAUGAGGAUUCCGAACUUGGCGCGAGUCGCACUACGAAUUUUCACGCGCUAUGGUCCUAAGCUGCUAGCCGCGGGGAGUGACGAUCUGGGCCCACCUAGAUGCGAAUAAUCGCGGAGGCAAGAGGAGAAGAGACAGAGAGCAUCUCUUAUGCGGACAAGUGGCACCUGUUACCCGUCGCCACGUCGGUCGGUCUUCAACGGGAUUCUCUCCCCCUCGCACAAUCGCGCUCGAACCCCCGAUUAUGUCAACCGAACGUGGCUUCGUCACGCGAGCAACGUGCAAGCAGCCCCGCUGUCGCAAUUGGACAUUCGCCCAGCGAGCAGUGCAACGUACGAGGAGCGUGGAUCACUCGUGAUUCGCGAAUUCUAUCGUCGCGCAGACACUGAACCGAACGUUCCACGAGGUCGCGGAGUUCGCGAUGUGAAUGCGGAAUUGUUUUUCCCGUGGCGUCACGCGCGCUCGCUCGCACGUUCGCGUGCGCGCUCGAACACCGUUAAUUGACGUGUAAAUGACGGCGUAAAUGACAACAACGGCCAACGAUCUGGCGGAAAAAUUGGUGACACGCAACAGUGAAUUGAAUUCGCGAAUUGAUGCGCGGCGCGCAGCUGUCUGAGUACCCUCCCAGCCCCGAAGAAUAAUAACGCAACAGGCCGCGCAUUAUCGUCCCUGACGAACGUCGUCCACGUGCUGGCAAGUUCAUCGAUCAUCUGGCUGCAGCGCCUAAGACCGCCGAUGAAACUCACCGCAUGGCCUGCCGCAUCCAGCUGACAUUUAACAGAAUGCUGUGGGGAAGAUGCGUCCACUAGCUCUCGUUCUCGCGAGCUACUUCUACCUCCUACGAGUUGCCUGCUGUCAGGAAUUGUCGGUCAUCAGACACACCGAUGGAGAUAUCUUUACCAUCGAAGGUUCUUGCACGCAAGCUUGCACGGUGCUUAGUGGUGGUACAGCCAGUCCUUAUUCCCGAAGUUCUACGGGCCUCCUUGUGCCAAACAGUUCCUGCACGUGCCAGUGUAACUUUGAUUUACCUAUAUUCCGCGAGGACCUCGAGAUAUGUGUCAACGAUAUUGACGAGUGCAAUGUCGCGGGUUUCAGUAACAACGGCCACGUGGAGAAGGUGCCGUACGUCUUCCUGCCGCAACGGGGACAGAUAAUAUAUCCGCACGCGGAGAUUCGCUUCGAAGGUGUGACCACUCCUGUGUGCGGGAUCGCAGGUGCCCAGCAAUUGGGCAGGGCGGGAUGGUCCGAGCUGAGGAAUCUCUCCGACGCCGAGCCGCCCUUCAGACUGUUCCGAGACGAAGGCAGGACAUUCCUCCAGUGGAUCGGCGAAGCUGGUCUGCGAGACGCGGCGGAGGGACGAGUCGUGACGGCCAAGCUGGUCUGUAGAGACGCCUCACCGAAGUCGAUGUAUCCCGGAGUUUUUACGCCCUGCGUGGCCUUCAGGGUAGCCGGUUCACCAUCGAAAAACAACGUACGAGAAGUAAUGUUCGCGUCGACGUCACAAGUUUCCCAAGGUUUAUCAGCCACGGAGUACACCGCGAUCGGGCUCUCUUCCGUGAUCUUGGCCCUCAUAUACGUGGCCAGCGUGUCUUUGUACUUGCAUAGCAGAAAAGCGAAGAGAAAAUCCAUCGAAGAGGCGAAUGUCACCCUGGACGGCGGUCGAGACGGCGGCGGAUUAGUGAAGAGCAAUCCGUUAUUGGCCGCUACGAGACACUUCGAGAGCGACACCAACAGCGGACUCACUGAGAGCGACUUGGGGGACGAUCUUCCUCCAAGUGACAGCGAACAGGGUUUCGAAAAUUGCACGCUUGAGACGCGACCUCGCCAAUUGCGGACUCGUCUCGGCCUUGCGACGAACUCUCACCGACCUGGCGAUGCUGUGCCUCUUCAGCAGAUAACAUCCGCGAUCGUCCAUCCGCAUUGCGUCUAUCUGGAACAAUCGGAAGGGCUUUUCUCGGCCGGUUCUAUUCUGGGCGAGAGACUGCCGGAAGAGGAUGUACGCGUCGUGGAGACGGCUGACAACCCACAUCAGCAGGAUGUACCGGUUCUUCCAGGUGCUCAACGGAGAAAAUUGUACUUCAAUCCCGCGUACUUCGAUCGACAGUUAUUGCUGGCCCCACCUCCGGCUGCCAUCGAGUUCCUGCUCAAAAUCCGAGAAGUCAUCUCCAUCGCCAAGCACAAGAUGGCAGCGAAGAGAUUCGUUCCUACUCUCACCGGUAUCCCGGAAGAAGAGAACGGUUCGGAUCAAUGCGAGUCAGCCAAAUCGAGCAAGCAUCAGCAGAGGACCACGCCGAGUUCCGUCCAGGGCUCAGCUACGAAAUCGCGUCGAUCCCAACGGUGCACCGGCUGUCCCGGUUGCAGCGACUCGUCUCGACAGCUUCCUGCGCUGCCUGCGCUCGACCUACCCAGCCACGGUGAGAGCAAGGUGCGCGCUUGGCUGGAGGACGUCCGCCCGCCGCAACGUCGCUGGAGAGACGCUGAAGACACGCGCAGGAAUUUCCAGGAGAAUGCAAGGACAUUCGCCAGGAAUCUGGAGUACCUGAAGGAGCUGGCGAGACGCGACUUCGCCGACCCAGACGGCGCAAGUCUAGCUGGCAAAACGGUGUCCUCAUGGAAGGAGAACCCGCCGAUGCUGAGGACCUUCCAGAACAUCGCCAGGAGCGAGAUCUUGGCGAACGACGAUCGCUGCAGCGUGUCCAGACGAUCGACCAAGUCCAUGUUCGAGGAGUCCGCGUACGAGCGUUACGCUCGCGGCAAGAGGGACAGGCCGGCGUAUCAAUUCGCCGGCGACGACGCCAUAAACGCGAAGGUGCGCAAGGCCAUUGAGAAUUCCUUCAUCAAGCAGAUGGAGGAAAGCGCGGCUAUGGAGAAGUGUGACAACGCAAAGGACAGCAACAAGAGCAGCAAGAGCGAAGAAGAGCAAGAAGAACAACGGAGGAAGAAGCUAGAAGCGAAUCAAGUGGAGAGCAAAGCGGAGACAUCGGCCCAGCCGUCGCAGAUUAAUUCGGUGCCGAAGAGGUCGAGGAAAUCGAAAGCGCCGAGCGUGCCGCCGUUGACGAAGAAGGAGCUGCCGGACAUGAUCAACGAGCUGCCCGGCGCGAAGAACACGGCAAAGCGCAUCAUGGACGCGGUAAUACGCGAAAUGGUGGAUGUGAAAGCACUGGAUCACCACAUCCGAUCGCCGGUGAUUGCCGACUACGAGGUGGACAGUCUGGAGCGUUCCAAGUGCAGCAGGAAGUCGUCGACGUCGCCGGAAUCGACGGAUCAGUCCAGCCCGGCGCUGUCCACCGCGUUGCCGAUGGACGAGGAGCUGACAAUGCAGAACGCCGUCAUCAAUACGCGUACCGGCGAAAUGACCAUGUCCAAGCUCAACAAUCAGAUCCUUCUCGAGAGGAACUACUACAACAGCUUGCCGGAGCUGAUCACUCAGCGCUCAGAGAUGUAUUCGUUGGUGAGCGAAGUCUACGUAAACGACGGCUACACAAGCCCGGCCUGCAGCGACGACUCCGGCCCGGAGAUCCAAUAUGAGCCGGAGAACCCAGGUCACCUGACUAUCAAAGUGCAGGACUCGCCGGAGAACUACGUGAAGCUCGACGAGUCUGAAUACGAGCCCGACACGUUGGACAGGAAGCCGAUGAAGUUACGCAUCAAUGAGGACGUACAGUACGAACAGGAGAUUGCCAACGAGAUCUACGUGGACUCGCUGGAGAGACCAGCGCAGAUUCUGCUGAGGAGUAAGGGCAGCUUCCGCGACGAGGGCUCGACGCAGGGGAAGUCGCAGCGCGGUCAAGGAGGUAGCCUGCGCGAGAUCUACGAAGCGAAGAUCAGAUCGAGCCACAAGGACUCGCACUCGACGACGACGACACCGACGAGCGGCGAGUGCCGAGAGAAUGGUGAAUCUGAGGACAACACACUCUCGUGGAAGAAGUCCCGCUACUUGACUCCAGACAGCAGACAAGCGAAAAGACAACGACAGCCGUACAAUCGGCCGGACGUGGUGCCGCCACCGCCUACGGAGGAGAUCUACCAGCGGCCGAAGCCGCCGCGACGCAUCGAGGACGUCGCCGCCAAAGCGGCCACGAAGCGGCCGACGUCGCCGCCAAAAAACGCGUGGGACAGGAGCUCUGUCGAAGCGGGUAACCCUACGGCCAGCAACGGCGCUCCUGUCCCGAACGACGGAUACCAUCAUGUAGGGAACGAGACCUGUUUCUGCGCGUCGCAGACUCACGCGGACUCGUCACGCUCAGGCAAGUAUGAGCUCUGCGGCAAGGAGCAGCAGCGGACGGACGUCGCCGUUUCCAAGGACAACGUGACGCUUUCCAACGAGAGGACGACCUCCGACUGCGCCGUGACUAAUGGCUGCAGGGACUAUCCGUGCGAGACGCGAAUCGAGAUUGAAGGUUCCGCAAGCAGGUACGGCUCCUACGGGAAUGUCGACGCUAAGGAAGCUGACGUGUCGUCGAAGGUGAUGAGGGCUGUGCGUGAAAAGCGGUCUGUUGUCGUGAAUUCGUCGCACAGGAGCUCCGUCAAGAACUCCAAGAUGCGAUCGUCGUGGGGCAACGUCGAUCAUCAGCGAGAAGACGAAGAUAGGCUGAUUGAUGACAGUCGUGAUCACGUAGUCGUGCCCGAUUCGAGCAGACAAGAGUGCCAGAAGAAGAACGUGAGCUACAGCAGGGUACAGAAUUGCUCCAAGACGCGGCAAUCGACAAAGGGACUCUCACGAGGCUGCGAUCCUGCCAGCAGCGCGAUGAUACCGCUUAUGGUGGCCGCGGACAAACGGCGCGGACGGGGUGGUAAGGUCGAAGACAGCGGCUACCUCAGCAGCACCGACAGCAACGGCUCGCACAAGCGGCUGCUGAGGCACGAGGUGAGCAGCGUGUCCGAGACCGACGAGACCGAGUCGGUGUGUGACGGCGCCAGCGAGAGCGGCGCCGAGAGCGUCGGCACCGACAGCGUGUUCUUCGGCAACUUCCGCAGACUCUCCGAGAUCUCCAAGAGCGCCGAUUCCGGAGUCGACCUGGAAGCGAGGGGCACGUACUACCAGACGCCGUACAACUCAAAGAGCGAAACGUCGCCCAGCGUCGUUCCCGAGAGGAUGAACUUCAGCAACAGUGACAGCGAAACCGAAAGCUUGGUCACAGUAUUGCCACCCUGCGGCAAUCGGUGCCACAGUUUAGUAGCGUAAAUGGUUUACUUAAUAUUUUAUUAUUGAUAUUUAUCGUAGAUAUAGGUUACUCGCGCUGGAAAUGGCAAGUCGCAAAGCUUAGAACAGGAUUUUUAUAGACAAAUCCUUCUUUUGAAUUUUCUGUCAGGUUUUAUCGUGUAUCAGGCAUCUCAUAAGUAAUUGCGCAUUUGUAACGCCAAACUUAAAUUGAAACAAAUGUUCCCAUUUUAUCCGAGAUAUAUUCGCCAUCUGAAUUGACAAAAUUUUCCUAUCUACCAACUAAUUGUUCAAUUUUAUUUUUUAUAAAACUCUGGAGAGAUUUUGAAAUUUCAUCAAUCAUAUAUUCAAUUACUUAUAGAGAUGAUAAUACAUUUAUGUCACAACAAUAACAAAGAGAAUGUAAUGCAAUACUGCUUUUAGAACAUAAGCGGAAAUCAAAAACGAUUUGCCAUCGUACACUAAAUAGGAUAUCCGAGAUCGAAUCAGAUAUUGAUAUAAUUUGUGAUUAGCAUUCGUAGAAAGGACGCAUUUGCUCAACGAUUCGCGGUGCCGUUACACUUUCGAAGAUAAAUCUUGAAAAAUUGAGAUUGAAUCAAUUUUGUGGGGAAUAAAAAUGAUUCUAACGAAUAGGCACUUUGCGUGUAAAUCUUAUAUAUUUUUGCAGAGAAAUUUCAAGGCCAGUAUAAGGAAAACUAACUUACUAAUUAAUAGACUUUUAAUUGUCACGAUAGUUUUAUUAGUAUUACGAUUCAAUGAAGCGCCAUGCGCUUGAAAGUUCAUUAAGCGGGUAAUUGAUAACGAUUAUAUCCUUUUUGCUCAGUUCACAAGAGUGACAAAUGAGACUUCUGGAUGUAUGUAUGUAUGUUGUGUGCAAGAGAUCUUGGGUAUUUUUUAUAUUAAUAUAUCGUGUUAAGCUAAGUGUAUUAUAUACACAGAGGCUCUGCAUAUCAUCUUUAAAAACAUUGACAUGUAUACGCAUAUAUCUGUAACAUCUCAGCGACAUGUGCAUCUCUCUAUUGCAUAUUUAUUUAUUUAUUUAUAUUUAUUAUUUCCUAUGUUAAGUAUCAUAUCAGGAAGAACGAGAUAAAGUCACAUUCCUACAUUAAUGAAAAACAUGAUUAUAAUUUAUAUUUAGAUAAAAUUAACGUUUGAGUCUUGUUUAUGAGUCGUCUUGAAAUGGAACAUGAUCAUCGCGAUUGGAAUUACUAUAAUUAGAGCAAUUGAAACAAUAUAAGUAUAGCUAUCGUCGGCCGGUAGUGCAAUAUUAGCCCGUAACAAAGAGCAAUCACGCAAAUCCUAAGUUUAAAGUUCUAAGUUAAAUCCUAAGUAAGUUUAAGUUAUUAAAUAAGUAGUAUGUUGAUAUGCAUUUAAUGUCUGUCUCUUUGCCUUCUUUUUCCUCUCUUUCUCUCUCUUUUUUGUGCAUAUCUAUAUCGAAUAUUUCCUAUCAUAAUGUGUGUACGGUGAAUAGUAUAAUAACAAAAUGAUGAUAUAAGAGAACGAUAAAUAUGUAAAUAAGUAAGGAGAAUAACGAUAUCUUGCCAAAAAGGUAUUAAUGUCCUAUAUACUUUUCUGAUGUUAUUAUUACAGUUGUUAUGAUGCGCGCGAUAAUUGUUAUUGUUUAUCCUUUAUAUACUAUGUUGUUCAAAGCCGUGACUUUAUUGCAGUUAGUUAAAGAUAGUUCACAGCGCAACUGAUGUCUUCUUGUUUUUUAUUGUCAAUGAACAGCCAAUCAAUCGUAUGCAUAUGAAUGAAAAGAUGCGGAAAAUGACAAAUUGUACUGUCAUUUUUAAAUAAUGCAUGAAGUUAACAGAAGAACUGUAUGUUUUAUAUAUGACAUAUGAGAGAACUUAUGGACUUGAGAUAUUAUUUUCGCAAAUUUAUCGUAAUUAAAUCACCGUAAUUAAACAGAUAUUUAUCUCUUGUUAGCAUUUUAAAUUAUUCUCGUACAUAUAAAGCAAAACGGUUGUUUUUCUUUAAGAUGAUAUAUGUUUGUAACUAUUAUUUUUUUUGCAGAAGUUUUACACAUAUUUAAUAUAUUUAAUAUAUUUAAUGAUAAUAUAUAUUAUUUAAAUUAAUAUAUUCCUAUCUCCCUAUUUUAUGAAAAUUAUUGUAAUACCAGAAGCGCACGCUUCCAUGUACCUGCCAAAUGUAAAUAUUUAAAAUAGAUUUUAAUUAUAUGUGUUGUUCUUCAUAUAUAUGCACACACACAUUUAUAUACACCGUUACAACAUAUUAUUUAAUAUUAUUUAAGCCUAAGACACAUUGUUUUAAUAUACACAUAUAUUUUAUGUAAAAUGUUUAUAUAAAAUAAUAUAUACAUAUAAUAUAUACAAAUAUAUGCCGUUACGAUCGUAAAUAUAUUUCAGAGCCUGUGAAACAGUCGCUAAAUUCUAUAGCACAUUCGUAUUUAUUUAUUCACAUACUGAAUGUUGAUACCUAAAUCAAUGUGUUAUAUAACAAUUAUUUAAUUGAAAUAAGAAUAUUAUGUAUAAGUAACUGCGUGUAGACUAUAUAUAUUUGUUAAGUUACACGAAUUUUAGGAAAAACUUAGCAAAAGACUUUGUCUGCAAUGCCGAUAUCUUCUAAGUUAUCAAUAGUCUUGUUCCUAUAUGAAAUAAUUAAUCACUGUUGAUGUAACGGUCUCAAUUAUGAGUCCCAAUUCCAGAUCAAGCUUGAUUUAUUAAUAUAUUAAAAAAGUAUGGUUAAAGGAUAGAUAAAAUAUUUUUAUAUUCUUUAGUUCUUUUGCCAUUGUAUUCCAAGAUUGUUUUCAUAAAUAUUGUUAAUAUUUAAGAAGAAAAAAUCUAAAAUAUCAUUUGGUUUAGCGACUUUUUCAAUAUAUAAAACUGCUAGCAGAUUAAACCACAUACGUCAUUAUUCUAUAUAGGCUAAAACCAUAUGAAUGCGGAUAUUAUUAAUAUAAAAUUGGAUAUUGUAUAAUCUGUCAUAGAGAUGCGAAAUAUUUGCUGACCCAUAAUUGAGAUUUAUUUAUAAAAGUUUCUACUUAUCUCUCUUCACAUUUAGAAUGGAUUAAUUUAAAGUCUAGUUAUUUUUUUUGCUUUAAAAUUACAAGGUUUCGCUUAUUAACAGUACCUCUUAAUGUUUGGUCGACAAAUCUAUGUAAAUUAAUGAAAGUUACUCUAAUCUUAAAUGACCUAUAAUUAGGACCGUUAUCUUAUAUUUCACUAUUACUUUAUCAACAUUAGUUAACUCGAAUUGCGUUCGAACUGUUCAAUUUGCUCUUGCGAGCGAUCGUAACGUAGCAUAGAAGAUUUUGGGAGUAAAUUUUUGUAAUUGCUCGACCAAUCUUGGUGCGAGCAAAUUGGUGUCGGUAUCGAUAGGUUUCGGGCGUUUGUCAAGUGUUUCGUACAGAAUAAAAGCACACGCUGUCAGAAGUUUUCGAUGACUGUUUUCUCGACUUCAUUAGGCAAUAAAACUGUUGAAUCGUUCAUAUAUUAUCUGAUUGAAACAAUGAUGUUCUAGUUAUCAAGAGCAUGUGAUUUGUGUACAUACAUAUUUAAUAAAUUCUUACAGUUUUAUAAUAAAAGCUGUUAAUGGGAGAAAUGUGUAAGA